CUCAGCAGCGGCAGCAGCAGCAAAUUGAGAGUUUAGUUGAGCUUGGAUGGACUCACGGAAAGACAACACAUGCUGCAGAGAAUGAGAGGUUCUGCAGGCGAGAGAGAAGUCACGGACUAAGCCCCAGCAAAAAAAAAAACAGGGAGGCUACGACACUUUGAUCCGGGAGCUGUCGGUGUUUUCAUCCGCAAAACUGUUAAAAAGGCAGCGCUGCACUUUUUUGGGUGGGUCAGCCAGGAAGGCACACGAUCUUAACUCCAGCUCAAGAACUGAAUGAUCGGAAAGAGGGACAAGGCAGACAUUCUUUUGGAAGUUUUGGAAAGCGGCCCGGCGUAAUCACAGGUUCUGAGCAAUGGCUGAUACCGACGUGGACUACACAAACUACACCUACGACUACUACCUGGAGUAUGGCGACAUGGAGGAACUUAAAGUAGAGCACAAGCAGCGGGAGACUAUGCACAUCAUCUCAGUGGUCAUCUACAUUAUUUCCUUUGUGCUUGGUCUGAUUGGAAACGGAACUGUGAUUUGGGUGACAGCGUUUAAAAGCAAAAAGACUGUCAACAGUAUCUGGUUGCUCAAUCUAGCCAUGGCAGACUUUGUAUUUGUACUUUUUCUACCGUUCUACAUUGAUUACAUCCUGCGGGACUUCCACUGGGACUUCGGUGUGGUCAUGUGUAAGCUUAACUCAUUCGUGUCUGUCAUGAACAUGUACGCCAGUGUGCUCUUUCUCACAGUGCUCAGCAUAGACAGAUAUGUUUCUCUGGUCCACCUCAACUGGUCUCAAAGGUAUCGCACUGUGGAGAGAGCCUGGGUCGUGUGUGGUUGCAUAUGGGUGCUGGCUGCCGCCAUGAGCUGCCCGGCGCUGAUUUUUCGCGACACCAUGCGCUUGCACGACAAGGUGGUGUGCUUUAACAAUUUCCACGCACAGGAUGGACACACGGCAGCCAUGAGACACAUUAUAAUAGUGGCCAUUCGUACCACUGUGGGAUUCCUUUUGCCUUUUACUGCUAUAUGUGUGACGGGCAUACUUCUGACAAUCAAAGUCAAUCAAUCCGGGGGCUCUGUUCAUGUGUCCAGCUUCUCCAAAACAGUCUCUGCAGUAAUUCUGGCCUUCUUUUUAUGCUGGGCACCUUUUCAUACUUUCAGCUUGAUGGAGUUAUCCAUCCAUUCCUCGUUUUAUCUGCACAGCAUACUGAAAGCUGGCUUUCCUCUCGCCACCAGCUUAGGCUUUUUUAACAGCUGUAUUAACCCCCUGCUGUAUAUGCUCCUGGGCAAAAAGGUGCGUCGUAUCUUGAAGCGUGCAUGCUUUGACUUAACUAAGAGUUCACUGAAAGAGCUCACUCUGUCAAUCUCUGCUACUGAGAUUGAGUCUGUCCCAGGAGUUCACCAGGACAAUGUCCCAGAGGAGCCUGUGGAGUUAUCAACUCUAUGAUUACAACCAUCCUCAGACUGUAGUAGUCGUCCAUGAAAAGCACAUGGGUAAGACCGGCUAUUACUUACGCAUAAAUGUGGGGGAUUAUCGUAGCUGUUCUUUUCCAGCUGUAGUGUUAAGAUUUUCCUAUUUUGCUUCAUUUGGACUGAGUUAUGUGUAAUUACUCGCUAUGGAAAAGCUGAGCAGAACUCUAUAUGACACGCACAUGGAGUUUGUAUAUUUCCAUUUAUUUUUCACUUGCAUUUGAUUUGCAGAGGGGAAAAAAAGAUCGAAGAGAUCAAAUUAAAGCUCACACCUGAUAAUUAAAACCAUUUUAAUAACAAAUUAAUAAAUAAUUUAAAAAAAAAUCCCAAACCCUUCUCUGGUUCCAGCUUCUGAAUGGCGAGAAUCUGCUGCUUGAAUGUAUGUGUCUUUUAUGAUAGUAUGAUUUGUGUUUUGGACUGUUGCUCAUGUUGGCAUGGAUAUUUUUUGCUAUUUUUGACCAAGAAAAACGAAAGUAAAGAAAGUAGUUCCUUAUAUCAAAUGCAUCUGCAUCUUCUGUAUUUACUGAUUUGUUUUAUAUAUAGUUGUACUCUUGAAGCAUGGCAUCUUCAGUUCUUAAAAGAUGCUAUAUGUUACCUAUAUACAUUUGUACUCUAACAUUAUGUUUUAUACAGUUUCAUACUGCUGCUAGUCACCUAAUAAUGUAUUGUAAGAUUUUUAAACUAGUUGAGAGUUGUAUAAAUAUUUUAUUCUAAUAUAUUCCAAGUAAAUAGCAUAUAUAUUAAUAAAUAUCUUCUGCUGAACACC